CUAAUGAGAUGCGUGUCGGUGUCACGCUGCUCGCUUUAUCUGUCGGAGCCGUGCGUGUCGGUCCGUCAUGCUGGCGGCGGGAUCCCGGUAACGGAGUGACCCAGUCCGCGGAUUCGGAGACUCGGCCAUGGCGGGCGAGCCGGUCAGUCUGGUGUUUAAGCUGUACUGCUUGGUGGUGAUGACCCUGGUGGCCGCUGCGUACACCGUGGCUCUGAGAUACACCCGGACGGUCUCCUCGGAUCUGUACUACUCCACCACGGCCGUCUGCCUCACCGAGAUCAUCAAGCUGUUCCUCAGCCUCGGGAUGCUCGCCAGAGAAUCGGGGGGCCUCAGCCGCUGCAGGAGUUCGCUGGUGGAGCACAUCUUCAGGAGCCCUAAAGAGCUGCUGAAGCUCAGCGUGCCGUCGGUGGUUUACGCCGUCCAGAACAACAUGGCCUUCCUCGCCCUGAGCAACCUGGACGCCGCCGUGUACCAGGUGACGUACCAGCUGAAGAUCCCCUGCACUGCUCUGUGUACGGUGCUGAUGCUGAACCGCUCCCUCGGCCGCCUGCAGUGGUUCUCCGUCUUCAUGCUGUGUGCGGGGGUCACUCUGGUCCAGUGGAAGCCCGCCGAGCUCACCAAAGUGCAGGUGGAGCAGAACCCGAUUGUGGGGUUCACGGCCGUCGCUGUGGCCGUCCUGUGUUCUGGAUUUGCAGGUGUGUACUUUGAGAAGGUGCUGAAGAGCUCUGAUACGUCUCUGUGGGUGAGGAAUAUUCAGAUGUAUCUGUCUGGUAUUGUGGUGACUCUGGUGGGGGUGUAUAUGACUGACGGGCCGCAGGUGAUGGACAGAGGGUUCUUCUACGGAUACACACCGUCCGUCUGCUUCGUCAUCUUCUUGGCGAGUGUUGGUGGUCUGUACACCUCAGUGGUGGUGAAGUACACCGAUAACAUCAUGAAGGGUUUCAGCGCCGCUGCAGCCAUCGUCCUGUCCACCAUCGCCUCCGUCACACUCUUCGGCCUGCAGAUCACUGUGACCUUCGCCUUGGGGGCCUUACUGGUGUGCGUGUCCAUCUACCUGUACGGACUGCCCAAGCAGGACACCAGCGUUCUGACCAGACCCGACAGCAAGACGGCCAAAGAGAAGCUGAUAUCUGUGUGAGGACCCCCGAAAAGAGACGGCGGGGUUUUAGAACAAAUCAGACAUUCCGGUUCUCCGAUCUCUCGACUGAAUUCCUAAAAAUGCAGCGCUUUAUUUCUGCUCGGUGUACUGACCUGACCCUGAGGGCAGGAAGACACACUAAUCACUUCAUCGCCUUCACCGCUCACGAGGAGGACGGGAGCGUUUCCUACCCUCACGUUCUGUUUCUGAUCUUUACAGGAACUGUUCAGUAUUCUUUUAACCUGAUCUCCAUCUGCUGUAUGUGCAGCGAACGGUCAGUCACCACGGAAAAUACCGUCAGGACGUUCCCCUGAACUCAGGAAAGAUCUGAGAACCGAGCACUUAAGACUCGUCACUGGAGCCGGUGGGCAGACGCCGGAGGUAGCCGGGCUCCUGCUGUUCCACUGAGUUCAGGGUUCCGUGCUGAAGUGACCGUCUGUGGUGACUGACACCGUCACCGACACUGCAGAGAGAGAAGAGGUCCAAACUUCCCCUUUAAUGUCACGGUCAUCCCGCUGAAUGCAGGCGAGGCCUGUCUGUACUGUAACAGUGUUUAUUAUUAAUACGGUGCAGCUCAUUCAUUAAAAAGCAAACGGGCUCCUCCUGCGGGGCGAAACGGUGACCGACCUGCAGAACAAGUUUCCUCUGGACCCGACCACCCGACCCUGACCACGGGUUUAGACGUCCGAAUCGUGCCAUCAACGUGAGCAGCCCACAUCAGUGUGUGAACAUGGUUAGAAGUCAAAACGAAGUAAUCAGGCGCCGGUCAUGCGUCCGGAGCCCUGCUGGCCACGUCUCGUAUAAACGUAAAUGACGUGACGUAAGACGUGGGAACGGGAUAAUUACGCCUGAACUAAGCCGUGGCUGCCCUGUGUUGGCGCAGUAUGUUUAUUUAUAUGUGAUGUCACCAGCAGGGCUCCGUAGAUACGCAGCCAAACGCCUUGCGGUUCUCGAUCAGGAUGGACAGUGUCCACUAUGGAUUUGACUUGUCCUUCAUCUUUUAUACGAUGUGCUGUCCAUGUGCCGCCGAGUCAUAAACCACCAGUAUUUUACA